ACCACGCGAAAUCAGUUAACAAACGGACGCGUUUUGAAACGGAUGCACUAGCCAAGCGAGCUAAGCGAUCGAACGAAAAACUAAAGAAAAAAAAAACCUGUAGACUCUCGUUUUUUCCUGGCUCCUCCAUAAAAUCCGACUACGACAACGACGAGCCAAGUGCUUUGAGCCAAGAUCCGAGUUGGCCAAGACGAAGCCGUGCGAAUGUCUGUCGGCUCAGGUGGCAGAAGCUCGAAGAGCUGCUAUCUUCAUCGGUCGCGUUGGUCGUUUAAAAGUGAAAUUUACUGAAUGAAAUGAAAUGCCUUCUGGCCAGCCGCGCUGUCUGGCGAUUUUUGUGCGAAUCGUGUGUCUCGCUGUUUGAUUAUUGAUUUGUGACAAUUGUCGGCAAGGAAAUGACUGCAAAUUAGUUGGCCAAAUAGCCAUUGCAACCGAAAAGGAUUAAACAGCACCUACAUUAACACAACCAUCCAACGCAAAUUUUGUAUAUUUUUUGGAGAAAUAUUUGCUGCUGCUGCCAGUGGCAUUGAAUGAUAAGACGAGAAAAACCCGGGACCGAUCAACGAACCGAGCCAAGAUGAUUGGUGAACGCCACAAGAGUCGCGAUUUGGUUACGAUACUUGGUCUGCUGCCACUCCUCCUGCCGCUCCUCCUCGGACUUGGCUUGGGACUCGCCUCUGGCCAAGUGGUCGAGGUCUUGGCUCAAUCUCAAUCACCGGCAACAACCGCAUCCACCGCGGCACCGGCAACGGAGCGCCAGACUGUGUCCGAGACGAAGACAAAUGCCAGUCAGGAUGAGGUACCUGCGACAACAGUUCGCUCCCGACUGGAUCCAAACAACAAUAACGAGUGGCGGCCACUGGGUCACGGAGAUCCCCUGCAAAAGGAUCCCACCUACGACUACAGCCCCCCGGCCCUGGAACGGGUGCGCUACUGGGCGGAGAACAACAGUACGGGUCAGAGUAAUCCGGAGGCGAGGAAGAAGGAGCUACCGCCAGAGGUGCUGCGGAACAAGACAAAGAGUGAAAUUCUGGUCCUGGGCCAGGCCAGUGAGAGGGUGAGGACGGCACACUCGCAUUCGCAUCAGCAUCAGCACCCCCACCCGUACCCUUCGUACAACCAGCAGGCCAAAUACGCGGCCAUUAGGAGGAGCUACUACGCCCCCACCCAGCAGCACUUGCACCAGCAAUCCCAGCAUAUGCCGCCCACCCACUUAAUGCCCCCACCGCCUAUGAUGAUGGUAAAGUCUAGUGGAGCAAGCAUGCCGCACAUGGAGUAUCGACACAGCAUGAUGGCCACCGGAUCUCCCACGUCCUAUAUGAGCUACAUGAGUUCCCCGCCCCCGAAACAAUCCAUGACUUCCUCGGUAAUCUACCACCAGCCCACGAUGAUGCACCACCAUGCCUCCUCAUCGCCGCCUGCCUCGACUCCUUGGCACUCCAGUGGCAUGUCCAGCAUGCCUCCACAUCGUCUGAGCUACCCUGAUCCCCAUCACCAGGAAACCAUGCAGACCUACAGCUUUUCGAGGCCCAACCACCAUCAGUCGGCCAGCUACUCCCCCAACUCCCUACCUGGACACCAGGUGGGACACGGUGGAUCUAAGACGUCAGGAGCUGUGAGGAAGCCCUGGUUGCAUGAACUGCUCCAGAAAGAGGUGGUAAUGAACGCCAACAAGCCCAAAGUAAAGCCAACCAUGCCAGCCACAAAGUACCUAAUGGGCACUACCAAGCCCCACCAUUCUCUGCCACCAGCUGGCUUUGGAAUUAGUUCCACACGUCCUCCCUUCACCUACGCCCCUGUGACCUUUGUGCCAGGACCUCCUACCAUUGCUGUGCCCACAGUGGCCACCCUUCUCCAACAGCCAGAUAUCUUUAUAACACCCACUCCCCAGACUAGCAGUUCCGGAUUCAGGCCCAUGCUGAUGACCAGUUCCAGCACAACUGUGACCGUUCCCUCGACCACGCCCACAGCUCUCCCCAUUUACCAGAGGACCACAACUUCCAGAGGUGGUAGUACUACCAGCAAUCGGCUACUGAUCCCACAGACAAGUAACCUGGCCAAGAGGCCCACUGUGGCUCCAGCUCCCUCGCCCAGCGAGGCCACCACAGAUUCACUUUUCUCGCAUUACAAACAGCCGGCGAAACCACUGCUAGGACCUAUGUACCUCAUCAUUGAAGGCCACUCCAAGGUGAAGACCUAUGGCCAAAAUGAAUUGGAUCCACACAGUCCCAAGAUAGUACCGGUUAUCUCUAAGCGGGAGCCGGUGGUUAGGAUCGCAGAUCCAAACGAGAAAAGGGGUACGGUGGAGUCGUUUCAGGUGAAACAUUUGCAUACAAAGACCACUCCCAUGACUAACACAACGACUACUGAGAGAACCACAAGUACGACAAAGGUUACAAGCACCAAGGGAACUACAAAAGCCCCCACAAAACCCACACAAAAAGCUCCACCUAGUACCACUUUAAAGGACAUUAUCACAGGACCCACUUUUCCGACAAUAACCAAACCAACUGAAGCUGCAAAAACCACACAAAGUCCUCCCAAGCUCUCGGUAAGCACCAAGGCUCCCUUGGCGCAACCUUUACCGAAAGUAGAGACCCCACCAAGUGGUGUCAAAGAUCUGCUAAGCUUGCUGGAUAAUAUGUUUGCGGAUGCCCAUGAAAUAGCCUCUUCGGCAAGUCCUUCCCCCCAAGUCUCCAGCUCCACCAUGGGCACUAUUUUGAAGCCGAUAAGCACGAAAUUGCUGCCCCAACAACCGGAACCCAGAAUUGGCAGCAAAGGAGCCGGCAUAGAGAGUCUUCUCACUGAUGGAGAUGAUGAUGAUGAAGCUGCUGGAGAGCCAGGGUCAGCGAUUUCCACCGAGACACCACCCCGGGCCACACGUCAGGUCUUCGACUAUGAUCAAUUGCCAGAGUCGCGGAUUAAAGAAGAGGUCACCGACAGCGAUAUUAUGGAAUACAAUGACGGGGAUGACGAUGAGGAGGAGGAAAACUUGGAGGAAAAUCCAGAGGAAAACGAUGACAAUGAAACCGCCACCGAUGACCAGUUGGAGGAAGACGAAACCGAGGAUGAGGAGCACAAUCUGCUCAAGCGCAUCGACCAGUUUGUGGACGAUGUCGACGACGGUGACGAUGAUCUGGAAGAUUUGAUCGAGGAUAUGGGACGAAAGCAGCAUUAGCCCAAAUUAAGCAUUUCUCUUAACUGCGCUCUAUACCAAAUCUAUCAGAUACUUUUUUUUCUCACGCCUAAUACGUCUUCGUUUGUACAUAAGUCAGCUUUAAAUGAAUUUGUAUUUAUUUGUUGUUAGUUCUUAGUCCCCCGCUGACGUCACAAUGUGACUGAAAUCUAUAUACCCGCGCCAAUUCGACCAACACUUUUCGGUGUGUAAUUAAGCGUUAAAUUAUUA